CUGAUAUAACUGUGAUAAUAGUAAACGGAGUCAUUUUCAACAUCAUGUUACAAACCCAAAUUACACUUCAGCGUGAUUACUAUUUGUCGUUUCGGGUAAGCAUUAAGCACCUGCAACAUCAUCGCAAUAAUGUAUGAAGACGAGAUCUGUGCAAAGUUUUGUAUUCGCUGCUUUUGUGAAUGAUUUGAACUCUGACCUGUUACUGCGCCACAUCUAACUUAUCGCUAUAAAUCAGUAGAGAUUCUAAAAGUUUACAAGGGUGAUAAUGUAUCAAGUCAUCGGUGCUUUUAUAUUUCACAGACCGGAAAGUUGGAUCCAUUUCUAACGACGACAAAACUGGAACUGGUCAAUUUUGUAUCUACUACUAAAGAUCAUCCUCAACCUUCACCAUCAUCAUCACUGGCUGUAUCUGUUAUGUGGAAUAAUUUUAGUGAUAGAGAAAUAUUAUCAAUCAAUCCACAGCUUCUAAUUAUUGUUUAUGAUGGGGAAUUAAAUUCAAAAUUAAAAGUUAUAUUUGAAUCACAUGCAUGGGAAGUAUUCAAAAGAUCCAACUUAUUUUUGGAUAUCGAUCAGUUUAAUGAGAUAAUUUAUAGCAAGCGUUCUAAUCAGUCUAAUAUGAAUAUUUCAGUAUCCGUUUUCCCAUUUAUUUCAAACGCUAUGGCGUAUAAAUUUCUAAUUUGGAUUUUGUUGUAUGGAUUUGCUGUGACUAGCAUCUCAUUGGGCGCAUGGAUAAUUAUUGUUAACCAUGAAAAGCUGUUACUAGAUUACUCUAGACAUCAAAGUUUGCUACCAAAGUUCAAAUCUUCUUUGUAUUUAUAUAUUAUCGUGUGUUUGGUAAUUUCUGUUACACUCUUGUUGCUAACUUACUUCCUGUAUGAUGUAGUAGUAUAUCUCCUAAUAGCACUAUUUGUACUGGUAGGCGCAAGUUCAAUUUCGACAUUCCUUACAUUUGUUAUCCAACGUAUUGCUCCUGCAACAACCAAAACGAUAACAAUUAAUGUAAAAUGUUGUCGAGUUAUUAGUCCCAGAAAAAUAUAUAUUCUUUCUCUAGUUACUUUCCCAAUCGGUUUGGCCAUAGCUACAACGUGGUUGGUAUUUCGUAAUAAUGACAUAAUUGGUUGGCCUUUGCAAUCUGUUAUCGGGAUGUUUAUAGUGGCAGUGAUUAUUUCAUCUGGGUUGAUUAUACCAUCAGUCAAGGUUGGUACACUUUUGUUUACUGCAUUUCUGAUCUAUGAUAUAUUCUUCGUAUUUAUUACUCCCCUAUUCAUAUCAACUGCAUCAACUAAUGUCAGUCAUUCCUCUGAGCAUAUCCAACUUACUAGAACACGACGUUCAACUGCUCAUAGUUUUAUGGAAGCCGUAGCAACUGGUUCAGCCGGUAAAAGUGGAGAACUGAUACCGUUAUCAUUUCGUCUACUUAUCAAUGAACAUAUAGAAGUAAAUAAACAUAAUAACGCGACCAUGCCAUAUGCUUCUCUUCUAGGAUUCGGUGAUGCUGUUAUUCCCGGAAUAUUUAUUCAAUUCCUGGCAUUCUAUGAUGCAUGUUGGCGUGCUCCGUACUAUCGACACUUUUUAGGUGGAAUUUUAGGUUGGUUUCUUUUAUUAGAAAGAGAUUAUUUCCUUAAAUCUAUUUUUAUGAUCAAUUUAGUUUUUUUUAUGCGUAAAAAAUACAGUAGAAAUGAGAAACAAUAACGUAUCAGUGCUUUUACAGCAACUUUGUGUACCUAUGAUUAGCAUAUUUGCUGUUCAAAUGGUCUAUAAUUUUCUGAAAUCACUUUCCUCGACUUUUUUGAGAAAGCUUUCAAUUGUGUUUAAGUGUGCCGAAUUAUAAAAAUAGAACGUAAAAACAAUAAUUUUGUCAUAAGCAACCUACUUACGCCUGUCACCUCCCGUGGUGGAGCAUAAGCCGUUCAUCAGGAAUCUCCAUCGAACUUUGUCCUUAGCGAUCCUUUCCAGUUGUUAUCUAUUCUUUUGAUGUCUACUUCCAAUAUUGUGGAAGUUAUUUAGGGCUUUCAAUAUUACUCGACCUUCAAUAUAGCACAAUGACAGGAUGUCUAAUUUACUAACACUAUCACGAAUUUUUUUUAUAGAAUCUGGUUAGUAUUCAAAAUUAGGGAACUACAUUAUCAUGUAAUUGUUCAGUUGAGUCACAUCCGAUUGAUUAUUUGCCCCUCAAUCCUUAAAAAAUUACCCAAAAUAAUAUUUGAAUAUCCGAUAAUUAAAAAUCUCCAUUAUUCUUCUUCCUAUAUACAUUUGACUAAAAAAUGCUUUCAGUAACAAGGGGAUUAUACAAAGUGUCUAACUAAAAACGAUGUUUAAUAUCAAAAAUUGAAAUAUGGAGUUCGAAGUCAUUUCUUUGUCACAUAUCUCACAAAAUAUGCCCGAUAUGUCAUAUUACUGUAUAAUUAAUUCCUACUUUUAAUUAUCUUCUAAGUAAUAAUUUUUAUUUUAUCACCGGCGUUUUUAUGGCACUUGUGUACGUGAUAAUAAAUUGUAAAACAUUUUAUAUUUGCUAACAUCAUCGAUACCCCACUCAAUAUAUGUAUUUAAAAUUCCUUUUAGUUACACACACACAAAUACUCAUACUGAAAACUAUCGUAUUAUGACCUUGAACUGACGGAAAUGUUUACAUCUUUCUGUUUAAGUGGUGUGAGAGAUCUACUAAUAUUUAGUUUAACUACUAGAAAGAAAUAUUUUGAUAAAAUGAAUGUUUGUUUGAAAUUAUUAGUCAUUUUAUUUUGCAACAUCCUACUAAUCUUAUCGUAUUGUUGUUGAAUGGUUGGGUAACAAUGUAUUUAUCAUAAAUGGCCUUAAUUGACUUAUUUCCUCUAUACAUGUAUGUAAAUAUUACCUUAUAUUUAAGCAAAGAUCACAUUAGAAACAAUAUUGUUUGCUGAUAAGUUUUAUUCCAAAGGAGAAAAACAUUUGUUUGAAAAAAUCUGAAUAAGAGUUUAUGUUUCUCGAAAUCCAGUUCAUUUGUUAUUUCUUUAUCAAUUUAUCAUUGACUUUGGUUACUAUUUUAGGUUACUCACUUGGUUUCAUAGUUACCAUCAUUAUGUUAAAUGUUACUAAUAUCAGUCAACCAGCUUUAUUGUAUCUAUGUCCAUUUACUCUUCUUGUAACCUUCAUUGUUGUCAUCGUUUGUGAUGGUCUAAAUGAAUGGAAACUAAUGUGGUCAGGCAGUUUGCCUACAUUGGUCGAUAAUUCAAAUAUGAAUCCGACUGGCGAUAGCGACCGGGUUAAUCAACCAACUGGUUCUUUAGAAGUGAAUAAUCUAUAUUCAGUUGAAAAUAAAUCGCUUAACCAUUCAAAAACUUCACUAGUCCCUGAGCUAUCAUAAUAAUACUGAUAUAGUAUUACUUAUACCAAAAAAAGAAAAGGAACGUACUGUGGCUUUUAUUUCUUUCUUAUCUUUGUAAAUGCUUAUUUUCGUGAUGACUUUGUGAUUACAUCCGCAUUUUUAUUUG